AUGACUUGUUCUCGGACAUUGUUUACCACGACCAUUCAACCGGAUCUGAGCAUUCCAGUAAAGACAAUGCGACAAACUGUGCCAGUCUGUUGCUCACGCGUCAAUCGCACACAUCAUUCCUGUUCCCUUAUACACCUGAUCCUGGUCUCUGUAUGCAUGCAUACUGUAUGCCCACUGACCCUGGCGGAUGCCAAAGCAAUACUCACCCCCGGGACUCACUCGGGCAUGGCACAACCAAAUCGAGCCACAACCAAUCAUCGAGUUGCGGAGACUGGAUUUCCUCUGAUGAUUUGGAAUACCUUAUCCGAUCGGGAUUCGGUGCACACAGCACGCGGUUUGCACAGACCUACAGACUUACCGGACACAAUACGACCGAAAACGUACAAUCGUCUAUGGUUUCUGCUCGCUCGGGAACGAUACCAUUCGGUACGGAAAUGCUGUGAACGUGAAGUGAUGAAACCGGUCGGUGGGGGACACUUGACCGGGACGUGUUGUACCGAAUUGCGGUACAUGGACGCUAUCAUACAUCGAGUACAACAAUGGGCAAAAUGA